AUGGCCGGAAUCGUCCAACCCGACGAGGCUGCUCGUGUGGAUGCGGAGGCAAUGGUCGCUGCAGAACAAGAUCAAGAGGUUGGGGAUGUUGAGCAUGAUGAACUCGCCGAGGCCGCCGCCGAGCUCCUGGCCAGCCUCCCACUCAAAGCUGCGGACUUCCUACGCAACAAUGCGAGCCUGGCUGCGCAAAAGGACGUUGCAGCGUGCCUCACCAAAAAUGGG